GUUGCCAGUCCCAGUUGUGGUUGCUAAAUGAGGACUACCUGUAAAUAAUUUCUCAAGAAUGCAUUUUGCAUCUGUUGAAACAGACUCUGAUCCAUGAAAGUUGCAAGUGUUUUGUUAUCAAUUGGAACCCUUUGAAGGUUUUCAGUCUGGUUCAGAAAGCUAUUGGGAAGGUAGCCUGUCUUUAAAAAAAUUGAAGGUUUAACUUAGUUAGCAGCUUGAAACCUACACUUCAAAGAACAUGAAAUGGUUUGAUUGCUUGUAUUUGCUCCUUAUCCUGAGUUCUCCCUCCUUUAUUUGAGCCCUAAGAAAGAAGCUGAAACUUUGAAAUGUUGAGGCAAAACUUGAGAUGUAACAGCUGUACUUUUUUAUAAGAUCACUAAUCAUAUUCUGAGUUUUAAAGCCCUUUUUAAUUAUGGGAGUGGUGUCUGUAAAAUACAUUAAAUUAGGAAGCCUCGAGGGAUAUGAAACUUUCAAGCUGAGGAAUGUCAGAGUAUGGCAUUUUUUUUAAUACAGCUGUACAAAAACAAUUAGAACAGGGGCUCUGCAAAAUGAAGAAUCCAUCCUUAAAGCAUUAAAUCAGCUGCAUCUCUGGAAAGUUUGUGUGUUCCCUCUGAAGGCUGUCCCUUGUUAUCUAUACUUGUGUGUGCACGCACAAGCAACGUGUCUACUCAGACCACCGGCGAAAUGGUAUGUACACACAUUCAGAUACACAGCUGGAGACAGCCUUCCAGGCAGCCCCACGGAGCCUUCUGGAGGAUACAGCGACUGGAACACUUUGAGGAGAAACUCUUGCUUACGCCCACACGCUUGUGAAGCACCUCUGUGGAAUGCUCUGCGCAGCCCUAAUAUUUAUUACCUUUAAAGCCAUGCUUGGCUUGGAUCUGGGUUAUUGUCAGGUCAUCUGGAACAACAUUGGAAAAAUGUUUCAAUGAAUUGGAAAAAAAAACCCUGCCUUUUUUGCUGGCAUUUUAAAGGAUCUUUAAAAUAAUUUAAGAGGUUUUUAAUUGUUAAUGGGCUUGACCAUUUUGAUAUCUGAUUAUGACUUUAAUACUUUGAUUAACAGUUCUUAUUGUAAACUGCUUUGAGAUGUGAUAACAGCAGUAUAAAAAUACAAUAACCAUAUCCAGCAAGUACCAGGUGCUGGAGACGAAACAGGGUUAAGAGUCGCUGCCAUCUUGCUCCUGCUAGUGAAUUAUCUGAAGCAUCUGGUGGCAGAAUGUUAGCUAAACAUUCAUAUUAUAGUUCAGGGUUGACUUGUCAGGUUCUUGGGGUUCUCUAAGCUGGGUUGUUUUUUGCAGGCAUUUCAUUACUAGGCUAGGUAACAUCACCAGUGGGAGGGAGAGCAGGAUGUCAAUGAACAAGCUCAGCACGAAGAACCCAACAGACCCGCUUUUAUCUACUGUUUACCAGGUUGUUGUGUUUCUUCCUGUACUGCUUUUUUUAAAAAAAGAAUUACAUUAUUUUCAUUUAGGAACAAGAACUUAAAGCUGCUGCAGAUAGUGUGUUAUCUGAAGUGAGAAAAAAGCAAGCAGACACCAAGCGAAUGGCAGAAAUUCUGCGUGGCUUAGAAAAGCUUAGGAAGCUAAGAAAAGAAGCAGCAGCAAGGAAAGGUGUUUGCCCACCACCAGCUGCAGAUGAAGCCUUUGAAAGUGAAGUUCAGAACUUAAAGGCACUGAUUAAAAAACGCACCGAAGUCUAUGAAGCUGAAGAACGAGCUCUUCGAGUCAUGCUGGAAGGAGAACAGGAAGAAGAAAGAAAAAGAGAAAUGGAGAAGAAGCAGAAGAAGGAAAAGGAAAAGCUCCUGCAGCAGAAGCGUGAAAUGGAUUCCAAACUGUUUGGGGAUCCAGAAGAAUUUCCACUUACCCACGUCUUGGAGCCAUUCACACAAUAUUAUUUGCAAGCUGAAUAUUCCUUGCCGGCUCUCAUCCAGAUCAGGCAUGAAUGGGAUCAAUACUUGGUGCCUGCAGACCACCCUGAAGGAGAUUUCAUCCCACCAGGAUGGGUCCUUCCCAGUCCACCAUCCAGUGACACGUGGGCCACUGCUGUCAGGUGAUGCCUUUGAAGUCCCAUUGAAGCCAAGACAUAGCAUAAUUUAUCAGUUGGGGAAGGUUGCAAUAGCAAUGUGUGACUGAUAACUCACCUUACAAGAGUUCCUUUGAGUUUAAAAUACAUUAUAGGUGGCCAAAGGAUACCGCAAAACGUUGGUUGAUAAGACAAAUACUGCCCUUUAAUUGUUAGAAGUAUGGCAUUGAUGCUUAUUAUAGUGCUCAUAAGUCCUCUCAAGCAUCUGCUUAUACUUUAGCAUCAUAGGAUUUGGAUCAUGAGAGAAGUAUCAAUGAAUCACUGCUGUGUAUGUGUUGGAGUGUGUGGGAUAGAUCCACACUUUAAAACAACUUUCCUCAGAAACUUAUCUGGCUUUACCUUAAAUGGGAUGUAAAUGCUAUAAAAUCAGUAGUGUAAUCCCCAGCAAUAGAGAAAUAAAAUAUGCCAUGGACCUGCAGGGCAACAUUGGCUAAUAGAGGCUAGAUAUAAAGCUCAGCUUAUCUAUGGAGCUUAUAUAGUUCAGAGACCAUGGAAUUAACGCAUCAGCUAAAUAUUAUUGUACGUGUCCUUAAUGUAAAGUAAACUCUGGGAAGUCAGAAUUAAUUGCCUGAGGCAACAUCAAAGAUGUUUUCUUUGGAACAGUAUCCAGAUGUUCAAAUUCCAGCUAUCUUCCAAAACACCUCUGUGGUUAGCUUGGCCUUACAUGGCAUGAGUUAAGUGAAUUGACAGAUCUGGAUGAUAGUCACCUCUUUUGAAGUCUGAGCGGGUGCUUUCAAAAAUUAAGGUGCUAAAUUGGAAUUGUAUGGAGUGAAUUAACAGUAGCUUUUCCAUGUUGUCAUAAAAACUGCAUUUCAUUUUUACACACAUAUAUGAUGCACAUACUUAGGGAAGCUUCCCCCCCCCCUUUAAGUAGGACAACUAGAAUAGGGAUAUAAGUUGAAGUAUUUGUGUUGAUUUAUAUUUCCAUAAUAACAUCAAGGCAUAGUUUGGUGUUCAGGGAAAGAGUCUUGAAUUUGUGGGCUCUCCUGCUCUCUUAUCUGUGUUUUAAUAAAUACCUCAUGCUACCCUGUUUGCAACCCUCGUUGAAGGGCACAUUUUCAAUUUAAAUAAAUGGCUAGCUGUAAUUUCCACAGAAACAGAAAUCAUUCAUUGAAGUGAGAGAAUGUAAAGGAGAGGGGAUAGAGGAAGCAGACAAAGAUUUUAAAUUACCUGUGGAUUAUUAGCUGCUCAGGAAAUCUAUCUGUGCUUAUGUAAAUUUCCUAUAUAAAGUUCUUAAAAUCAGUAGCACAUUCUGCACAAAUUCUGUGAUUCGUAAAUUGCAGAAAAACCAAGCAUUGGUGGAUUUCUCCACUGCCUCGUAAGUGCCAUUUUGGUUAUUAUACACUCACUAGCUCCUUCAGAUGUGUUUACUUCUGAAAUACACUCAUAGGUACUUAAUACCAAUUGCUUUGAUUUAGCAUUAUUUAUACUGGAAAGAUUGAAUAUUCUAUUAAAUCCCAUACUUUUCACUUCAUUCCUUUAAGAAAAGUAUAUUGUUGUUAUUUUAGCUUGAUUUAACAAAGUAUAUUUGUAUAACUAAACCAACAAACGUUGUUAAGCAUCUUUUCUCAGAAUAACUGAAACCUGAGGCAUGGCUGUUCUUGAAUUACAUAAAAGAGCAGCUGUACCUGAAUUGCUAGUACAAACCAUAGCUGUUGUCUGGUACAUGUAUGCAAUAACUAGAUUUGUUAACCUCUUCUUGCAAGGUAACUGUCAAAUAGUUGUGUAAAGCGUGCUUUUAUUGUCCUGUAAAGCUUUGCAACAAAGUUGUCUGAAGUGUCCAGGAUGCUGUAAUGAGAAACAGUAAAUUGUCAGAAUGAUGUAUAGUCCUAUUUAAUAAAAAUAUAUUGCCUUUUGUUUGUACUUAAUAAAUUAUGAGCAUUUCACA